GUGCUUAACUGACGUCUAGGAUGUACUUUUUUUAGCUUUUACUGUUUGCCUGAUUUAAUCAGCAGUAUUAACAUUUCACUGAAAAUUGAAUUUAGUUUUUCUCAGUAUUUUAUGGUAUAUUCCUUUAAUUAAAAGGAAAGGUAUAUAUGAGACUGAUGCAUAUAUUGCUUAUUUAUAGAACAUUUUAGUGGAGCAUUAUAUCUAAAAUCAAGCUUAGGUAAUGCAGAAGUGAAAUUCCAACAGAAUUCCUUGCAUCCAUUAUGUAUUUUAUGUAAGUAUAGAAUAAAUACUUAAUAAAUUUGUUAAAUCAGAAACAGAUAAGUAGAAAUAAGUGUCUGCAGUGCAGUGAGAUAGAUAGUGAAUUUAAAUUCUUAUUAGAGAAAGUUAGUUCAGAACAGGAUCCAAACCAGUGUGUGCACUUAGCAGGCAGCCACCUAAUGUUGGUACACUUAAGGUGCAGCUUGUAAUGAUCUUACAAGUGUUAGGCAAUGGGAAAGUACUGAUGACAGGGACUACUGUAGAAAUCUCAGACCUCAUCAGAACUGUAAGACACAGUUUUCCUGUUAGGAUCAUCUCUUGAAGGUAAGUGCUCUAUUCUGAUUGAGAGCCAAGUAAGUUCUAUCUUCCUUUUAAGUAGCUACUUAGUGUUAAAAUACAUACUGAGUUAAGACAAACAGUCUCUGGAGCAGGUGACUGACCACAAAUCUCUGUGACUGUCUUCUAGAUCAGUCUUGAGCUCUGAGCUGGUCAAUCGACACUAUUGGGAGGGGAAGAAACCUAGGUGAAGCUUAUGGGAUAAUUUAGCUGGAAAUUACAGUGCUCUCCAGAGACACUUGCAUGGUAUGAAUUCUCAGACAGGAAGGUUUGAACCUCAGUCUUAUUCUUUCAGGAUGACAGCUGUAAUCACUUGACAGUUAUAUAGGAAAGAGUGAUCCCCUUCACUGGCAUGUAGGAGAUCUGAAUAGUCUCUGUGUUUGUUGUGCUUCGGUUUCUUCCUGAGAACUUUUGUGUGUAGGAGUGGGUGAGAAUGUCAAUGAAUGGAAACUUUUCCAUUCAUGCUUAUAGUUAUUUUAGUUAAAAACUAACCUCUGAGUUGUCCAGGGCAGAAUAGUGCUGAUUUCUCUUUACUGUUUGAAUUUGGUUAUGCUCUAGAUGCUGAGUUGCUCAUUUCUGUCAGGACUGAAAUGUCUCUGGGCAUGUUCAAAGAUGCAACUCUAGACAACUUGGGAACUUUUCAGUUCAAAGGAAGUGCCUUCGGCAAGGCAGUUGAGCAAGAGUUUCUCAAUAUCGCAAUUUUAAAGUUAGGUAGGUACUUAAAUUUCAGUGAAACCCUUUCCACUAUCCUCACUCUUAAUCUACCCUUUGCUGACUAGUUUAUUUUAACUGAGUAACUUCAUUGUUUUCACUGAACGUAGUAUUGUUCAGCAUUUCUCGGUCUAUACUUUGCUAGUUGGAAGUAUCUAAAUUACAACAGUACUUCUCAGACAGUGAUAAGAUAAGCAGGGUGGGAAAGGUAGAAUGGAGAGAUAAUUUCAGUUUUGUUAAGUGCUAGUCUUCUUGUUUGACAGUGAUUACAACAACUGUAAAAACUUUUUUGAAGUAAAAGUUCAGACAUCUCAGAACAGUGUGUAGCAUUUAGCAAGAAGUGUAGGAGCCAUGACUUUUGAUUUUUGAAUACAGCAAAUCCAAUUGCAAUCCAACUGUAUUUAAUUCUUACAGGCACGAAGUUGAUUGUGUGCCCAGUUGGUUAUUAGUAGUGAUCAUUCCCACAUGUUUCACUUCUCAGAAAGCCAUUGUUUUAAUUCUCAGAACGUUUUAGUGGUAAAAAUGGGUAAAUGUGGUUUGUGUCUGGCAACUAGAUACCUUAAUGUGUUGAUAUUUUACCAUUUAUGAACUGUAGGACCUGAGACAGUAAAACUGAUGUGAGUCAACUUUUUUUUUUAUUGCACGCAAAAUGAGUGUGAGGAGUGAAGGUAGCUAGUGGUUCUAUGGCUAUAUUCAAAAAGUCUAGCACAAAGAAAACACCUUGCAAACGAACAUGUAUUUUAAUCCAUUGCUGAGUAUAUAAGUUGGGGUUGUUGGGGUUGGUUUGUUUUGGGGUUGUUGGUUUUGGUUUUUUUCUUCAGUUUUUACUAUCUAAAAUUUUUAGGCAGAGCUGUUAUUUCAUUUGCUAGAGCAAAUUAGCUCAGCUGCAGACCCUAUUACCAAUGUUAAAUUAGAACUUAGGAAGUAGAUCAGUUAUUAUUAAGAAGUUGAUGUGUCUCACCUUUUGGAUAUUGAUAUCUAACAACUUUUCUUGUAUUAUUUCAAAGCAAGACACAGAACAAACCAGGUGACCUGUCUGGAGAAUAGUUUUCUGUCAGAGGACUUACCCUGAAAUGUCCACAGUCUCCAUUUAUGUCUGUGCAGUUGUUUUGAGGAGUUUUACCUUCAACAUCAAUAGAAUAAAUUAUGCUUUAAUGAGGUAAGCAGUUAGCACUAGAAGUUGCUUACAGGAUGUGCUUUUUAAAAAGAAUAGUUUUGAACUUUAAUAUUUGUAGAGCUUGAUUGCAAUUACAGCUGAAUCCAGGUGGUUCCAUGCUUGUGGUUCUUCAAACUGGAUUUCCUCCAAUAUUUUUAUGACUGCUUUCCAUUCUAGUUUUAAGACUUGUAAUACAAGUUUUAAUCCUGUAAUACAAGAAUAAAAGUCAACCCUGAGAAUUUCUAUACUUAUGAUACUGUUGUAAAGCUGGGAAUAAGGAGCCUUGGUUGUUCCCUGGUUUAUCACUGCAGGAUAAGCAUUGUUUGUACUUUUUCCAAAGUCAGUCUGAGAUGGUGUCUGAUGUCAGUAUCAAGUAUUUAUCACAGUGUUUCAGUGUCAGUAGGAGUGAAAAUACUGUGGUCAUUACAGUUUUACUUCUGUGUAUUUUCCCUUAAAGAGUUGUCCAAAUGAAUUUGUAAAAUCUUGUUGUAUUUUGUACAACUCUUAUAGGCUACCUGGUUCACUCUGAAAUCCUGUUAGAAGCCAAUUGUAUGUGUCAGAAUGGAUGAUAGGCAGUCUAUUGGUUGUUAGGUCAACAGCAGGCAUGGACAUGGACUUGGUUGAGAAAUAUCUCAGGUAUUUAAGCUUUUCCAAGUCAUUGUCUUUUUAAAUGAGUUUACUGCUGAUAACUGUCAGAGACACUCUUUAAUAAUACUUGUCUUUAAUAGACAAGCUGGCUUGGUUUUCGUACAGCAAGGAAGGAAGGAAUACAACAAUAUAUUUUGUGGUAAAAAGCUUGCAUGGAGAAUUGCAAUAUCCUUAAGUUAUUUCUGGUUCCUACUUACCUCUGCUGCAAAACAUGAGUUUUGUCAGUCAGCAGUGUCUUUUCAGGGGGAAGAUUUGAAAAAAAUGUGAAAUGCUUGAAAAAUUAGCACACUCAACCUCAAAAGUAAAUGCACUGCUGAAUAUUGGCUUCAUUAAAAGGUUGUAGGGGAGUUUUGUACGUACAUAUCCUGAAACUAUGUUAGGAGUUCUAGCUGCUAAUCAUAGUUGUCCAAGAAUCUGCCUCAUUUCAUUUUCUAAAGGAGUGCUGCUUCACCUAAGCUAAAAAUACUGACCAGUAUGAUGCCAGUGUUUUCUGUAAUUUUCAAUUAUGAGCUGCUGCAGAGGGGGGAAUUGCUGGGUGUGAAGCAUCAAAGGGAUUGCCUUUCAGUUUCACCAAGCAAAUGCUCAUAUUUUGCACUUGUGUUCUCUGUGGAUGGAUAAAGAUUGAUACUCUAAUAGUCUUCUAGUAAUGUAAUCAAACAACACUUGCAGCGUUGUCUUAUGUGCAAGUGUUACAAAUUGUUGAGGUUUAUUUUCAUAGAGUUGUUAAACCAGUGCUUCCAGCUCCAAGGAUCAACAAGGCAUCUUUUUAAUCCUAUGUUAUUUGGACUGUUGGAAACGAAUUAAAAAACUCUCUGAAAGAAUUGGUUGGACUAAUUGUUAAAUCUCUAGUGUUGCAGCCAGAAGAUUUUGUGUAUUAGUCUCCUGCAUCUUAAGAUGGUAAUAGCACACCGGGAGUAUUAUUUGAGUGAAUUAGCAGUGCUGUGUUUGGAGUGGAAAGGGCGAACUAUAGAAGUCAAUCCUUAGAUGCAGUUGUUCUUGCUAAGGUGUUGUGAGUAGCACUCACGUUUUAACACACUGCUCCCUAUAAAUGCGAGCGACCGGUUACUCUUCUUGCUAAAUUUACCUUUUCAAACAUAUUAGAACAUACAUAGUGAAAGUACCUUAUAUAGAUAUGUAGUUAUACUUGAAUUGCUCUAGUGAUUCUGGUUAUUAGAAAGGUGAAUUUGACAAGUAUGGACAGGUUGAUGCUAAAUCAAGGGGGGGAAAAAAAAUCUCACCAAGGAUAAUUUAAAGACUAAAGAAACUAGGAUUUUGCAUAAAGAAUGCUGACCAAACUAUAACCAGAUGAAUUCUUCAUUAAAUCACACAUACACCUCUGUGCUGUGCCUCUGGAUAUGAGAGUGUUCUUAAUUGCUGUCCUGGAAGCUUAUUGAUACACUGUGUAUUCAGUAUUUAAAUGAAAUACAGCCACGAGUUUGUAACAGCUUGAAAGAGAGAUCAUAACUGUGGUAUUUAUAUCCCUCAAUUGUUAAGUGUGUGAGAGAAAUUGGUUAGAAAGCAGUCCCCAGGGAACGUCAAUGUCUUUUCCUGGAGCCUUUUUCCUAAGGCAUAUUUGAAGCCUAUCAAUAAUCCUGUUCUCUGCAUUUUAGUGAAGUGAUGGUGGCUUGGGUCAGCAGUAGAGUGUGUUAGUGUUCCUUCACUUCCCUCCACUGUCUUUAUCUUUCCAGUAUUACCACCGACAUCCUCUUUUUAUCCAAUUGUCAUCUUCCUUCUUGUUAUUAAGGGCCAGAUUCUCAAUGUAUUGAGUUUUCCAAUUCUAAUUAAAAUUCACAGGAACCAAGUUCUGAAACAAUAAUUUAAAAAGAUUUAAGCAUUUUGAAGAUUUCAGCCUAUGUGUUCAAAUUGUGUGUAUUCCUGAUUUAGUCCUGCAGAGGUAUUCAUGUAUGAUAACUAUUUAUUACCUUAAUGCUUGCUCUGUUCAAAAUCAGGUAUCUAGUCUUCAGUUAUGACAGAUGGCAUUAUUAAUUAAAAAUGAAUCUCUCCUUACUUAAAAACCCUGUAUGGAUUAUCAAUCAGGUCAUACUUCGAAGACCAAGAAAGGUCCUGAGAAGAAAGCUUUUUGAGACAUUUUAAGUGGACUUCUUCAUCCCUUUUAUGUAGGGGAAGGCUGGUAUAUUAGGAGAAGAUAUGAAUUCAUGUGAAGAAGAGGAGCUUAGCUUUUAAACUACAGAUUGCAAGAUUAUGAGUUACGAUAUUGAUGCCCUUGAACAUGUGACUUGGAAUGAUUAAUUUUCAGAUAUUUAUUGAUUCUUGAGGAGCAGAAAGUAUAGGAAUAUCAAGGGUUUUUUUUAUCUUGAUCUUGAAGGAAUGCCAGAUAGCAAGCAGAUGGGUUUCACUGGUGGUGAAAAGAGAAUUGAGUCCAAAUUAUUAUUACUUGAUCAAAUUGAUCAAAUUUAUUCCUACUUUUUCUCUGUGUAUGGAUGUGACUGAGAUCUGAUUACCUGUCUGCCAUUGAGAAGAUAAUCAGUUAGCAAAAAUUACUAGGUACUAAUAGGCAAUAUGUUUAGAACAUUUAUCUGUUGGUUCCCCAGACAAAUUUUAACUUUUUUUGUAUAAAGGAAAAUAAAAGAAUCCCUUUUGGUUUGGGAUUUGUUGGUAUUUUUUUCUCUUCUUCCCCCUGCAGGUGACAUCAUACACAACAGCUCUGAUUCUAGAAGUUUUAAGAUUUAAUACAGUCUCAAAGAUUUGCCAAGAGUGUUUUCUCUACUGAGAAAGUUAACUAAUACUAUAAUCUUUCUUAUGUAACUGCUUAGAAGCUCAGGUGAAAGCUCACAUCCACUGUGUGGAUUCACUGUAAUUUAAUAUAUGUGUUUAACUGGCUGGAAAACAGAAAGAAGUUAAUUUUGUGAUUUUUUUUUUUCUUGAUUUGUUCUAAUAUUGUUUUUACUGAAAACUUAUACAUAAUUUCCAGUGAUAUGUGAAAUAAUUAUUUGGGUCAAAUAUGUGCCUCCAUUAUCUGGUUAUAUUUAAUUGUUGUAUGAUGGGGUAGGUGUUAUGCUGUAAGUAAGGAGUAGUAACACCUAGGGUGGUGGGUUUUUUUUCCUCAGUGAGCCAUACAGACUAAGGUGGUGGUGGCUUUUUUUUGUUUGUUUUUCUUUUUUGCAGGAUUCAAAUUUAAGAUACCUGAAGGAUAAGUACUGUGAAAGUGCAGCAAUAAUUGAAAGGUCAGCGGGCAGCUUUGAUCAAGAGGCAUGGCGCACAUAUUAAAGACGCUCAACAGCUGGUUCUGGUGGGAGAAUAUCUGGAUGCCUGUCAAUGUCACAUGGGCACAUUUUGUAGACCGUGAUGGACUGGUCUUUCCAAAACCACAUCAAUUAUAUGCCACAAUACCAUAUGCUUUUAUAUUGCUGAUUAUCCGAUUCUUCAGUGAAAGAUAUGUUGCUAUACCUCUAGCAAAAGCCUUAGGUAUAAAGAAUGUAAGACGUGUGAAGCCACAGCCUAAUCCUGUUUUAGAGAGUUAUUUCCGGGAGUGCUCAAAACAUCCAUCCCAAUCAGAGAUUCAAGGCCUUGCCAAAAAGUGCAACUGUACUGUCCGUUUGGUGGAAAAGUGGUUUAGGAGACGGCGAAACCUUGAGAUCCCAACAGUGCUUCGGAAAUUCCAGGAAGCUUUCUGGCGAUUUUCAUUCUAUCUUACAUCCUCCAUUGCUGGAUUUAUAUUUCUGUAUGAUAAACCUUGGUUUUAUGACAUAUGGCAGUCGUGGGUUGGCUAUCCAUUUCAGACUCUGCUGCCAUCCCAAUAUUGGUACUACAUGGCUGAGAUUAGUUUUUACUGGUCUCUCUUAUUUACACUUGGGAUUGACAACAAAAGGAAGGAUUUUCUGGCUCAUGUCGUUCAUCACUUGGCAGCCAUUGGGUUGAUGAGCGGCUCUUGGUGUGGCAAUUACGUGCGUCUUGGAACACUGGUGAUGUUUGUGCAUGAUACUGCAGAUUUCUGGCUCGAGGCAGCCAAAAUGUUUAAUUAUGCUCGCUGGGAGAAAACCUGCAAUAUGCUCUUUAUCAUCUUUUCUAUCGCAUUCUUCAUCACAAGAAUCAUCCUGUUCCCCUUCUGGAUACUUCGUGCCACAUUGUAUCAGCCUACGUACUACUCCACGACUCCUGUCAUAGCAUACUUUUUAUUCAAUGGACAGCUAUUGAUUCUUCAAGGCUUGCAUUUAUAUUGGGGUUACUUAAUUUUCAAGAUUUUGAGAAGGUUCAUUUUCUUAAAGGACUUGAAAGAUGACAGGAGCGAUGAAGAGGAGGAAGAUUCUGUUACAGAUAAUGAAGAGGAACCUGCAAAGAAUGGCAACAAGAAUGGCUGUGGGUCAAGCAAACAUCUCCUAAACAGCAGUCACCACUAGCCCCCUCCUGCCUCACCUCCUGCAGGGAUUUCCGCUGUUUUUAACCCAACCUACAGGAUAGAAUUUAAGUCAAAAGGCUUAUGAGAGACUGUGAUUGAUUUAUUGUUGGCUACUGGACCUGGAAAAAAGCCCAGUUUAGAGGGGAGAGGGAAAAAUUGCAUAACAUGACAAAAUGUGUUAAUGACCCACUUUCUGAAUCAUUGCUAAGUGUUUGGAAAGAUGUUUGGAUGCACUGACUGACUGUGUUCAAUAAGGUCAAAGCUCAAGAGCAUCAGAUCAUUUAGUGUCCCAUUGAUUCUAACAUUGUUUUUCAAUCUGAUAUAAGAUAUAUUUCACCGAGCAGUUUAAUUCACAGAUGUUUUGUGGUAGGUAGAAUGUGAACUCCAUCAGGAACCAAAAUUACUCAGUGUGGGAAAAAUUUGACAGUGGUGUAGAGUGACUAGCAUUUUAGUCUUUACUUUUCAGUUUAAAACCUCAUCGAAAUGGCUAUUUUUUGUGAGUUAGAUUUCAUUUCCUGGAGGCCAGUGGAAGCUAACAUGGAAGAAUUCAAAUUACUUGCCUGUGAAGAGCUGGCUUUGCUGCAGAAAUACAGUCUUUCUCCAAAAUAUGCUGUAUGAUAGAUAGCUCAAAUAUUGUGUUCUAAGGUUUACCUGUCAAGGAAGUCACUGUAAAAACUCAGCCCCGAUACUCCAUUGAGCUCCAGGUUUCACAGAUGUCUUUCAUCUCAGUCAUUUUGGCCCAGUGUUAAAAGAGAAGUUGCAGUGGGGAGGGAAGAUAGUGAAUGAAAAUUGGGUCUUCUCACAGGUUCUGUUGCAGUUCUUAUUUGUCUUCAAAACUGCUGAACAGUCCCUGCUCCUGACACAUCUACAGCCCAGAAGAUUAAAAAUAAAUCUCAUCCAUUCCCUUCUUGUGAGCUUGUCUCACACAGCAGCAUUGGAUGACUGUCUUCUCAGGAGUGAGUCUGCUAAAUUCUGGUUUGUGGUUCCUGUGUGUUCACUGCAUGUAUCUGGGCACUGGGGGAGCACGGGGCUAGCAAGGAAUGUCACAUUGUCAGCAUGGUAUAUUCACUGGAUAUCAGGACCUGUAUUUCCAUCUCUGCUCUUUUUGAAAAUUGGGAAUCACAUCGGCUAGAGCCAAACUUGGGUGUAUGUAUGUGACUUAGGCCACAUACGUUGUUUAUGCUGUAAGAAGUGGAGAAACAGUGGAUGUUUUAUCAGCUCCUCUUACCAAAAGUGCCUCUAUCCUAAGUUUGCACUUUUGUUCUAACACUAGUGCAGUGUGCAGCAGCGCUUUUAGUCCCGGGGCUUUCCAAGGAGAGCCUGGGACUUUUAAACAGGGUGGUACCAGUCUCAUUUCCAGAUGCAUUAGCUCACAAGGUUGUAAAUGAUUUGUGUCAUAAGUUUCAGAGGUGAGAGGCUCUCCAUGUGAUUCUACAGUAGCUGAGAUCAUCUGGUGAACUAAAUCCAGUAGCUUGAUAGAGACCAGGGGGACCACUGCUAAAACAGCCUCAGUGCAGAGCUUUUGGUUCGGAAGGGCUCUUUUCCCCUUAAGGCUGCUCAGGCAGGAACUUGGUGACCUACGGGAAGCACUAUGUGACUGGCUUGUUUUCUCAAGGUUUCCGUGGCAAAGGGGGAUGUAAUUCAGUGACUGAAGUAUUUGAAAGAAUGGGAAAUGUUUGGGAUCUCAGAUAUGAAGAAAGAAGUGUUUUCUGUGCAGUUACAAGAAACUGUAAGAGUACUUUGUUACAGAGGCUGGUAGUAUGAAAAUUUCUAUAUAUGGUCUGUUGAACUAGGCUGUAUUUAAUUUUUUACUUAUAUUUUGGACCAUGUAAUACCCCAAAUGUUUACGGUUUUACCACAAAGAGAAUUACACUAAGAAAGGAGUAUGGCCUACAGCUUCUGAGAAGGAUGAGAAACGUACAGUGGCAGGAUAGGACUCCUGAACCUGUGGUUGUAGUUCAGUAGUGCUGCUCGGGCUGAGCAGGCAGAAUUCCCUCGGUAGUUGUUGUAUAGCAGUGUGCUUCCUUACGUAGCUGUGGAGAAUACCUUAAAUACUGCAGCGUGGAUUUAUUGGAAGUGUAAGUACUUAUUACAUCAUCUAAAGCAACUGGUGAGUUUGGCAGAGUCACCAUUGCCUAUCAGGGCCUGUUUAUUGCCUACAUGAAAAGAACUGGCCUUUCCUACCAAAUUGUAGAAACCCAACAUCUUGGAGGCUUUAUGCUCCCUUUGAGAGCAAUGGAGAUAACGAUGCUUUCUUCAAGACAUAACAGGGGUUUGGGAGAUGGCCAGGGUAUUGUCAUUUAAUUUUGGUGCCAGAAAUCUUUCCUGCUAUGACUAGGAAAGGAAUUCAGGAAAGGAAACACGAAGAAUGAUGUUGUCACAGGAGUGAGCCUCUGAACAGCUACUGAGUUUUAAACUGGAAUUUAUAGUCCUGUUGAGGCCAAAUCUUGCCCUUCCUACUCGGACAAGUCUCCCACUGAAGCCAAUUAAAUCUUACUGGAGUUUUGCCUGGGAAAAAUUUUGGAUUGCAGUUAUCCAAUCUAAUUACAAGACCUGUUGUUUCAAAUUGAUGUGAAACUAGGGUCUUAAAGGAAGAGUAAAAGGUAGAUAAAUACAUUCAAACAUAAAACGUUGAGGCAAAUUUUGGGCAAGUAGAGAAGAAUAUGGAAGAGAAUAACAUCCUGAAGAUGAAGAUUAAGUCUAAGCACAGUAAACAACCAAAUAACUACAUCACAUUACAGUUAGGGGUAUGGAAGGAAGGCAGGCCGUGGAAGGCCCUUCCAGGGCGUUACUGUCAUGGCCAACCAAAGUGAUGAGACCUAAAAAUUCUGAACAUAAACACUAGGUACUGGGGAUAAAUAUCCACAGCACAGAAAGAAGUGGGAACAGACUGUCACAGUGGGACUGGACUCAUGUUCUGUGUUAACAUUGGAUUUGUCAUUCCUGAAGUUACAUGUGUUUGAUUUUCCACUUUUUACUGAUAGAAACUCAGAAACAAGAAGCUGAGGCCAUAGGGAACACAAUCGUGCUAAAGAAAUUAAUGUCACGGUGCUUCAAGAUUUCCAGUCUAUUCAAUGCCCUUAAAGUUUUUAAACCUUAUUGUGAAAAGAGUCUCAAAAUGCAAGUGCAGAACAACUGUAGGUAAUGUAUAUGAGCACAGAUGAUAGACCCUAAUACAUUGCUUUUAUCAUUUCACAAAAUGGGUCCUGGUUUAAUGAUUUGACACUCUGUGUCUGGCUUUGCUAUGUCACUUUGAACAUGCCAAAAUAUUUAUGAUAGAAUUAUAGACUGAAAAUGAAAUCUUAGUCCAUUAGACUCAGGGGAAACUCUUCUGUUCCAUUUAAUUUCUCUGAAUUUUGUUCAGGUAUCCCUGUCCGUGUAUAUGCUGCCUCUGUUCUUGUUUACUACAUAGACUUAACAGUCUAUUCUGGAUUUGAUUUACAGAUUUCCUUUACUCCACAGAACUAAUUUUGUCAAUUUGUAUUAUUCAGUAUAAUUAUCUUUUUUUGUUCUUAAUGCCACUGAAUUUGUCUGAUCAGUUAUGCUACACACUAUAAAUAAAUAUUUUUAAAAAACA